AAGCCUUACCUGCUGUCUCACGCAGCAUCUUUUCUCACAACUCUUUACAUUUGUUUUGUUCUUGUAUUUUGUACAGGAUCUGGACUGCACACUUUUGUUCUCUAUCUGGGACCUCAUAUUGCCUUAUUCACCAUAAAAGCAAUGCAGUGUGGUCGAGUGGACAUCAAAAGCGCUCCAUAUGAUACAAUUCAAUUAAAAAGAGGCCCAUCAUGGCUUGGCAAGGAUUGUGCAGAAUUUAUGCCCCCAUCAUUUUCAUCCUCACUUGGUACACGGGUUCCGUUGAGUGCCAUAUUGCCCCAGGUCCAGUUAGAGGCAAUCUUGUGGGGCCUUGGGACUGCACUUGGAGAACUUCCACCAUACUUUAUUUCAAGAGCAGCAAAUUUAUCUGGUGGUAAAUUGGAUGUCAUGGAAGAGUUGGAUGUUUCAUCAACAGAACACAACGGAUUUAUAGCCACUCAGCUAACCCAAAUCAAGUGCUG